AUGACCCCUACCAUCCUGAUCGUCGGCGCCACCGGCAACACCGGUCGAGCUGUCGCUCGGACACUGCCAGAAUUGAUUCGGUCAAGCAGGACUCUGAACAGCAACCGUAUCAUUGCUCUCACUCGUUCCUCUAGUAAUCCAGUGGCGCGCGAGCUUGCCAAAUUACCAGAAGUUGAAGUGAUCGAGCAGAACUGGGUUGAGAUCACCGCCGACUGGCUCCGUGAGCAUCAAGUUGCUAGAGCCUUUAUUGCAUCCCACAAUGAGCCCAAUCAAUUUGCCGAGGAGUCGACCCUCUAUCUCAAUGCCCUCAGUGCUGGCGUCAAGUAUGUCGUGCGGAUAUCGACAACGGCUGCGAACGUGCGCCCGGAUUGCCCUGCGUACUACCCACGCCAGCACUGGGCUAUUGAGGCUAUGCUCAGCUCACCCGAAUUCAACAACCUGCAAUGGACAUCUCUACAGCCAAACGUCUUCUCGCCGCUUGUCAUCUCCCCUGCAGCGGCAUUUAUCAAAAAGUACCGCGAGACUGGAGAGCAGGAUACCCUUCGUCUGAUGCUGUCAGAGGAUGCACCAGUCGGGAUCAUCGACCCCGAUGAGAUUGGUGUUAUUGCAGCUCAUCUCUUAGCUCAGGAUGACACUUCCGUGCACAACAAGGCGAAGUACAUCUUGAACGGGCCCGAGGACAUAAGUGGAAAGCAGCUUGUCGACAUGAUUGAGAAGUACACCGGUGCAACCGUCAAAGACGUUCGUUACAAAGACGUUUCGUUCAUCGACAAGCUGUAUGAAUUCCAAUAUGCGCCAACCAAGCAAUCGAAGAACGUCAUCUAUUCAGUCAAGCGUGCGCCUGAGACAGCGUGGGAAGGGAAAUGUUCCUCUUCUACAACUAGUAAGGAGAUUCUGGAGCUUGCUGCUCCAAAACGAACGCCUACUGAAGUUUUGCAUGCAUUGCUGAAGGAAGGAGCAAAUUGUUAG